AUGGCUUCGCAAAGGUGUCGUCUCAUAGCGGGGCUGCUUCUGCUCCUAAUCAUCGUCAUGGUGAUUUUGUACCUAACCAUCGUCGACCCUGUAAAACCGGAUGGACCUGUUUGUCCACCUACACCGCCGGGAACACUAAGCCGGGCUCAUUUCCCUGAAGGUUUCUUGUUUGGCACAGCUACUGCAGCUUACCAGGAAGAUAUCCAACUUAUGAAGAAUCUAAAUACUGAUUCUUUCAGACUCUCUAUCGCGUGGACAAGAAUAUUCCCUCAUGGGACAAAGGAUAAAGGAGUGUCUGAAUCUGGUGUGCAAUUCUACCAUGACCUCAUCGACGAGCUUAAAUUAAAUGGUAUAAUUCCGUUCGUGACUGUUUUCCACUGGGACACUCCACAAGUUUUAGAAGACGAAUAUGGCGGUUUUUUAAGCGACAGGAUUGUGAUGGAUUUUCGGGCGUAUGCAGAUUUUGUUUUCCAUGAAUACGGUGGCAAAGUGAAACAUUGGAUCACUUUCAAUGAGCCAUGGGUUUAUUCUCACGCCGGUUAUGACAUUGGGAAGAAAGCACCAGGCCGUUGCUCUGAUUACAUUAAUAAAGCAUGUCCCGACGGUCACUCAGGACGUGAGUGUUAUAUAGUCACUCAUAACCUCCUUAACGCUCACGCAGAAGCUGUUGAAGCUUUCCGAGCAUGCAAAAAUUGUACAGGUGGGAAGAUUGGAAUCGCACAUAGUCCGCUUUGGUUCGAACCACAUGACUUUAAAGAUGCACAAGACGGUGCCUCUAUUGAGCGUGCACUUGAUUUUAUGCUUGGAUGGCAUCUGGAAACAACUAUCACUGGAGAAUAUCCAAAGAUAAUGAGAGAUAUUGUUGGAGACAGAUUGCCCAGAUUUAAUGCUACACAGAGAGCAAAAUUGAUAAACUCGACAGAUUUCGUAGGGCUCAACUACUAUUAUUCACAGUUUUCAGCUCAUUUGGAGAAGAUAGAUUAUUCAAAACCAUAUUGGAAGCAAGAUUCUCUUAUUCACUGGGAAGGAUAUGGUGAAAUACUUGGAGACAAGGAUUCGGUUGAAGUUGGUACUAAAGAUACUAACAGGAAAUAUUAUCUUCAGAGGCAUCUUUUGAGUAUGCACGAAGCUAUUUGCACGCACAAGGUGAAUGUUACAGGAUAUUUUACAUGGUCUUUGUUGGAUAACUUUGAGUGGCAAGAUGGUUACAAAACCAGAUUCGGACUAUAUUACAUUGAUUUCAAGAAUAACCUCACACGUCAUGAAAAACUUUCGGCCAAGUAUUACAAAGAUUUCCUCAGUAAAGGUAUUCGUCCAUCCCAGAUCAAGAAGGAUGAGCUUUGA